GGGAGGGUCCCUUUUGUGUGGAAUUUUUGUGUGUGUGAGGGUCCUUUUUGCGGGGGGAGAAGGGCAAGGAAGGAAGAUUUUGUUUUUCAAAGGGGAUUAGCCCUUGCUUUUGCCUCAGGGGGUAUUGGGGGACCACCAACUUUGGCUGCCCUCCACCCCCCCCCCUCCCAGUGCCUGUCAAAACUGACCACGCUGAGAGGAAGACUGGCAGGCCACGCCCUCUUUUGGGCUGGCCCCUCCCUCCCUGUUUUUAAGAGUGGGGGGGAAGCAGCUCCAUAUCUUUGGCUGGGCUGAGAGGUUGGCGUGAGGAGUGCCAGCAUCCCCCCCCCCCAUAGGUGUGGCCAGCCCUUGUGCGCAUCCACACGCACACGUGUGCGUGCCUUCAGACUCACUGGCACAUUGCAGCAUUACUCCACAGCAAGCCUGGACCCCUGCGACCAUGGGAGACCAGGGGGACGUGGGGGACGUCAACUCCAACCUGCUCAUCUCCUGCAGCACGGGGGACUCGCAGCUGGACAAGGCCAUCUGGCAGUGGCUGACCUGGGACAAGAAUCCUAAAACAAAAGAACAAAUUGAAAAUCUGCUACGGAAUGGGAGGAAUAAAGAGCUCCGGGACCGCCUGUGUCGCAGACUUACAUUUGGGACUGCCGGACUCCGCUCAGCCAUGGGGGCGGGCUUUUGUUACAUCAAUGAUCUUACUGUGAUUCAGUCUACACAGGGGAUGUACAAAUACCUCGAGAAAUGUUUUCCAGACUUCAAGCAACGUGGUUUUGUUGUGGGAUAUGACACUCGAGGUCAGGUGACCAGCAGUUGUAGCAGUUUACGACUUGCGAAGCUCACUGCAGCAGUCUUGCUUGCGAAGGGGGUCCCUGUCUACUUGUUCUCAAGAUACGUCCCCACACCUUUUGUGCCCUAUGCAGUUCAGCAGCUCGGAGCUGUGGCCGGUGUGAUGAUCACCGCUUCCCAUAACCGCAAGGAAGACAACGGAUACAAGGUGUACUGGGAAAAUGGUGCUCAGAUCACAUCCCCUCAUGAUAAAGAGAUCCUGAAAUGUAUUGAUGAAUGUGUUGAGCCAUGGAAUGACUCCUGGAACGAGAAUCUAGUAGAUACCAGCACUCUUACACAAGAUCCUUUGCAGAAAAUUUGUGCAAGCUACAUGGAGGAUCUGAAAAAGAUCUGUUACCACAGGAAGCUGAACACACAAACCAGCCUGAAAUUUGUCCAUACUUCUUUCCAUGGAGUUGGUCACGACUACGUGCAGUUGGCGUUCCAGGCCUUUGGCUUCCAGCCCCCCAUUCCAGUUCCUGAACAAAAGGAUCCAGAUCCAGACUUUUCUACUGUAAAAUGUCCAAACCCGGAGGAAGGAGAAUCUGUGCUGGAAUUGUCUCUGCGGCUUGCGGAGAAGGAAGGUGCCAGGGUGGUGGUGGCUACUGAUCCUGAUGCAGACCGGUUGGCUGUGGCAGAACUGCAGGAGAAUGGCCGCUGGAAAGUCUUCACAGGCAAUGAACUGGCAGCUUUGUUUGGGUGGUGGAUGUUUACAUGCUGGAAGGAGAGCCGCUCCAAAGACCGUGACGUCAAGAAUGUUUACAUGUUGGCAACGACCGUCUCCUCUAAAAUUCUGAAAGCCAUUGCGCUCAAAGAAGGAUUUCACUUUGAAGAAACACUCCCUGGCUUCAAAUGGAUUGGCAGUAGAGUUAAAGACUUACUGGAUAAUGGCAAAGACGUCCUUUUUGCCUUUGAAGAGUCCAUUGGCUUCAUGUGUGGCACCUCCGUGUUGGACAAAGAUGGUGUGAGUGCAGCUGUGGUGACUGCUGAAAUGGCUGCACUUCUGGAUACCAAGAACCAAACACUGGCACAGCAGCUAACACAAAUCUAUACCACAUACGGCUAUCACAUUUCAAAAACCUCCUACUUCCUGUGCUACGAUCCCGCUACUAUCAAAAGGAUAUUUGAAAGGCUGCGGAAUUUUGGUUCAGCUGAUUCUUACCCAGAAUGUUGUGGCACUUACGGUAUAUUGCAUGUCCGGGAUGUCACCACCGGCUACGACAGCAGCCAGCUGAACAAGAAGUCGGUGCUGCCAGUGAGUAAAAACAGCCAGAUGAUCACAUUCACCUUCCAGAAUGGCUGCGUUGCCACCCUCCGGACAAGUGGAACCGAACCAAAGAUCAAAUAUUACGCAGAGAUGUGUGCGCCGCCAGAACAGAGUGACGUGGCCUUCCUGGAAGAGGACCUGCAGAAACUCAUUGGCGUGCUCAUUGAGAAUUUUCUGGAGCCCAGCAAGAACGGACUGAUCUGGCGCUCUCUGUAGCCCCCCUCCUUUCCCUGUCGGCUAUACGAGUCACUUUACGCACUGCAUCCCGUGGAACAAAGGAACCAAGGACGUAGCUCCUGUUUGCAUUAAUUUAAUGUGUGUGUGUGUAUGUUCUGUAUAUGGAAGCAGCAUUUUCUCAUCCGCUUUCUAUCCAAAGUGGUGAUCCCAGCCCACUAAUUGCUAGUCAUCUUACGGAUCUCUCUGGGAACUCCCCCUCCCUCAAAGAAAGCGUUUGGGCAGGUUCCGGCAACUUGACAGGUGCUGACUGGUGAUCUCUGCUUCUUUAAAAAGAUACAUCAAUUUUCAUGGGUUCUUUCCAGUAUCCCACUAAUUUCAGGUGUCUGGAUUCCCUUGAUUUGCACAAGUCGGUGGCAGCUGGCUAGUGGUCUGCAGUUGGAAAUGGGUAGGCAUCGUCUUUGGACUGAUGCAAGGUCUUGUUCUUGAGUAGCUGUGUUAUGAACGUAGGUAUCCUUACUGUCGAGAGUCUUAAUUUUAUCACCAUUUUUUUUCUAGCUUAGUUGUUUAGUAGUAAUAAGGGUUCCAGCUAUUUAAAGACCCUUCUGUUCUGAAAGGUGCUGAUUCUGCUUUGUAUUCUUAUCUGUCUGUUCUUACUGAAGUUUACUUAACAGUGAAGCGAUAGGGACAAGCUGCACCCAUCCCUUGAGGUUGGGCUAGUCUCGGAGUGUCUGCCAGGCUUCUUAGCAGUACGGAAGCCUGCACGAGCGCUCAUGCAUUUUGCGUCAAGGGGAUCCGAGCCACUGUGGGACACCUGAAUGAGGCUGUGCCAAUUUCGCCUUCAUGGGCCUCUGUGAAAAAUCUCUCCAGCUUUUAGCAAAGAAUGAAAGGACAAUGGCAUCCUAUCUGAUCCCAUCUCUUUUCGACAUCCGUUUGUCAACUAUUAUGUUCUUGUAGUGGUAGCUAAAACUUUGCAGUGAUGAAAACCUCAGUUAUUAGUUAUUACUGACUGGGUCCCUAAAGCUGUUGAGGUUAAUCAGUGUCCCCUUAAGGGUUUCGUGCUGUGGAGUGAUCCAUUGGUUUCAUGCAGCGCUGCACAUUACUAAACGUGUACUUUGCAAGAUCUUGCUUGGCUCUGGUUCAGGAUCUGCACCCUUUAAACAGCCUUGCCCUGUUGCAACUUGAGCCAGAACUUCCCAGGAAGGGCUGGGUGCUUUUGGCAGAUGUUGGCCAAGCAAAGGCCUCCAGAUGGAAAAGUGCAUUGUACAUUUAAAAAAAAAACUCCUUGCAGCAGGACCUUACAGGCUCCUGGCUGGAGACUGCUUCCUUAACUGCAGACGUGUCCUUGCAGAGUGGUGUGUCUUUUCAAUUAUGCCACCUGGCCAUCCCUAGAGGGCGGGGGAUUGCAGAGAGAGUGCAUGCGAGGGGUGGUGGCAUCCGGUGCAACUGUCUUUGCCCCUGAAGAGGCCAGAAGGACCCUGAGCCAGUGGAGCCUGGCAUGUGUUUGCUUCAGCGAUCAGAGCCUCUGCUUCCAUCAGGCCCCUGAGUCCUGCCAAAGGGACACAGGUUCUCUGGCUGUCCCAUCGUAGUUGCUUAACACACAGCCUCUGAAGUUGCCAGGUAAAGGUGAAGGGACACGUGGCUAUAGCUGAAGAUUGACAUCUGAGGUGAUCCCUCCCUCCCAUGGUGGGGGGCUCAGAUGGCUGAAUGCACCUCCAUGUCAUCCCCACAGAAAAUCAGGGUGUUAAGGAGACCAGUUUCAUGUGUGUUGGGUCUCUUGCAUGGGGAAACAUCCAGGCACAUAAGCCUCAUCCUGCCGUCUGAAGUGGUAUAGCCCAGUCCCAGAAGGAUCAUGAAACACACCAACCAAGGAGGUCUGAAGCACUGCUAACAAGUCAGCCCCCCACUGGGAGCCUUGGUUGUUGCUUCUGUGUUUCCGAAGCUCUCUUUCUCCUCUAGAGGCUCUUUUCAGGUAAAGCCACUUGGAAGAGGGCGAGAGCCUCCUCUGAGUUUAGGCCACCCAAGUGGUUUAGCUUGGCCACUAUCGUUUGACUCCCCCAUUGGGGUUGGAUCUAGUAAGGCGGUGCAGACAACCUUCUGACUGACCGCUCCAUAUGGGGGGGACUUGAUUUCUCUUGUGUAAGGAUGAGGAUUGGGGGGGGGGGGUAAUGCUGCUUGGAAGUUUUUUCUCUGUGGCAUAACAAAGUACCUUAGCUUUUCCUGAAUGUAGGAAGACAGCAGGAAAUUGCCUGCCUAGCACAAGAUUUGAGAGGCACCGUCCACCCGGAGCUUCUCUUGGCCGGGUCCCAUUGAAUGGUAGUGGGACAUGUGGAGGGGAUGUUGCUGCUGGAUUUUGUCUUGGGUUGAUUUGAUGCAAUAUUUAUUUAUUCUUUUUAUUUAAAGCUUAAAUGCCUUCCAGAUUUGUGCAUACAUUGGAGUGAAAUGUAUUGAAUGCCAAAACUUUUUAAAAACUCUGUUUUCCUCUUUCAUUUACUGUAUAUUUAAUAUAUGUAUAUGCAGCAUAGCAAGAGAAACUUGUGCGAAGGCAAUGAAAUGACAGGGCUGCCCUGAUUAUUACUUUUGUUUGUGUGUGUGUGUGUGUGUGUGUGCGCGCGCGCGCUGGAAAGCAUCCAAAGACAUUUAGGGCAGAUCUUUUGCCUCUCGGAAAUCUGUCCUCCUUUAAGAUCUGAUCUCACUAAGGCAUUGCGGUAUAAUUAAGUGCACAGGGCUUAAGAAUCUUUGUCAAUCAAAGGGGGAUAGAACAAUCUCUCUCCUUAUGGUUUGAACAAACAAAUGCAAGAACAAACUUCCCUGUAUUUGGCAAAUACGUGUGCUCUGUGUAGGAUGGUUUUGUGGAGGAACCCUGUACAUUCGUGCAGCAGAAGGCACAAAAAGAUUUCAUUCUUCUCUGGAAUAAGAGCUUGAUAGGGAUGGUGUCGUUUUCCUUGGCCCCCAAGUGAGCUAAGGAGGAAAGUGGCCCCGAUAUUGCAUGUGUUGGAAGUCGACCGCUUAAAGAUUUAAUCGUUGCUGCUAUUGGUGUGUUUUCAUUGUUUAGAAUGCUUGAAAAUCCAGUUGAUUCCAUUUGGGGGAAGCCGCGUUUUCUGCUCUCCCCCUCUCUUUCUGUGUGCUGCUUUUCUGUUAACUGUGAAAGACCAUCACCUUUUUACCUCUUUGGUGGGUGGCAUGUGGUAUGUUGCCCUCGUAUGCCCGUUCUCCUUUCCCAUGGGUCUUCUCUUGUGAUGACAAAACUGGGUUUGGAGGACAAAGCGCAGUCCGAAACGCAUUCUGGCUUGGAUAGAUGUUUAAGACGGCUCUUUCCUUCCGAGAUGGAGGUGUGGACAGAUUUUUACCAGGCUGAUUUAUGACAAGUGAUUUUCCUUUUCUUGAAAGAAAAAAGCCCCCAUUUUAUUGGCUUUUUCUUAUAUUCUUCUAAAGAAAGCACAUGACGCUGGGAGUGUUUAUAGCACGCUCUGGGUACGUGCUUUCCUUUAGCAUCUUUUGAGAAAAUGCCCACCUUCCCAUCAAGUAAGGAAAUGCUCUAAUGUUCUCUCCUGUCUCAGUUCUGUUGUGGCAAUAAAUGGUGAAAAUGAUUUUAUUGGGGGGGGCUUCUUUACCCUCAAUGAUAACAAAUAGUAGGGACACUUCUCCCAAUUUUGUGAGUUACGGUUGUGACAUCGCCUGCUGUUGUGAUUCAAGCUUGCAGUCAGUGGGAAAGAUCCGGUAAUGAGGUUCCCAGAUAUGCCUUUGUCCAGUGUUACAGGAGAGAGCCCCUGGGCAGUUUUUAGCAACAGGAGCCACAUGUGGACUCCCCCCACCUCCGAAAAGUCUUAAAAUUAAACCUAAACCACGUUCGCUGUCCAUUGGAGGCGCAAAGUUAUAUAUUGCCUUGGAGGUCUAGAUUUAAGUGGAAAAGAAGAGUGUAAAUGUUUUAAUCUAUUGCCAUGCCUUUUUCGUCAGAGGAUAAAGCCCCUCUGUGAAUGGAUCAGAUCUGUGGGAUACAAACCCUGAGGGUGAGGCCCCAUAACCCUGCUCUCUGCAACACUUUGGGAUUGUGCAGCUUUAUCCAAGAUUGGCCAUUGACAAAUUGUAAUCCUAGAAACUGAGGUUGAGCUUAUAUUUUUUUAGAGUGAAGGUGGUUCUGGUGAACAUUCAGAAACUAGCGCGAGAGAGAUGCAUCUGUUUUCACAUGCAUAUUUUGUACCUGGGUGUGUAUUCAAAACAAAGUGAGACUGCCCCCCCCCCAAUUCUGUGGGUAGUCCUUGUUAACUAUCUGCAUUCAUUUGGUAGCCCAGCCUUCUUGAAGAGAACUAGAAAGGUCAGAGCGCAGUGACUGCCUGCCACUUGCAGUCUCUCCCUGGCAUGCUUCUAGCGUGUCUUCCUUGACUCUGAUUUCAGGAUAACUUCUUCCAGGCGGUCACAGUUCUGCCCUGCUCUCAAUUUCAGGUAAAUCUUCAGAUUGGUAUCAGAAAGCCUCCUUUCCAAAGCUGUUUUCUUCCUCAAAGACAAUGGGUGUAUUAUAAACGUGGACUGAACAUUCUGCACUUUGAUUCUGUUGGAAGUAUUUUUUGUGUAUGAUGUGGAUUUAGUUGGCUGAUGUGUUAAGUUAAUAAAACUUUCUC